GAGCUUUGUCGUUGUGGGCGACCAGAGCAGGUCAAAGCUACUCCAGCGUCAAAGCGCGUCUUCCAAUCUCAGUUUCGUAUAAAGAACCCACGAAUUACACGAAUAUCUCUCCAUUCCCAAUCUCAACACGUCAGUCAAGCCCCAAGCUCCCGUAACUCCUACGCAGCACAUUUAAACUUUUUUUUACCUCAUUUACUCCCCAUUUCACAACUCUCAUAAACCCGCCCUCGAGUCUACACAUCUAUCUCACAUCCGUCCAUCUUCUCUGUUACACAUAGUCUCAAAACUCCUUGUUUCGUCUCAAAAAUGAUGCAACCACCCGCCCAACUCCCCCAGGACGAAUCGAUCAUGGAGGAUGGCACAGACGGACAAGCCACCCAGUCUACUCAAGCCGCCUCCCAGCCCACCAACAGCAAUGAUAUCAACGCUCACCUUUGGGGAUUCCUCCAACCUUGCAGCAGCUCCCUCAGGCGCAUCGACUUCUGGAAGCUUUCGCCCACUGUCACCCUCGGGCGCGGCCCCGAUAACGAUGUCGUGUUCCCAGGAGCCAAAGUCAGCAACAAGCAUUGCAGGCUCAUGUGGGAUGGUAAAGAGGAUAAACAGUCCUCUGUCACGAUCCUUGACACCUCCAGCAAUGGUACAUAUAUUAACGGAGUCAAGAUCGGUAGGGAGAAGACCGGAAUUCUCAAAGAAGGAAAUGAAAUCGCUUUUGGUUCUCCUCAACCCCAGACCGACCCUCUGGAAGACUAUCGCUUUAUUUAUAGGCAUACCGCCGCUGGUCCUCCUGCUGGUGGUCUUCAUGCCUUUUAUGACAUUGGCCAUGAGCUCGGCAAAGGCUCUUUCGCCACAGUCAUGAAGGCUGUGUCGCGUUCCACUGGCCAAUGGUACGCAAUCAAGAUGAUCCAAGAGAACAAGAUCAGGCGUGCCACAGCUGGAGAUCCCAAUGCGAGCAACGUCCAGCGAGCAUCUGCUUUCGCUAGGGAAAUCAGUAUCCUAGAAAAACUUAACCACCAGAACAUUUGCCAGCUGAAAGAAGUGUUCUUCGAAGACGCCAACAUCAAUCUCGUGUUGGAAUUUGUUGAUGGAGGCGAUCUUCUUGAUUAUAUUCUUAAAAAUAAUGGACUUAACGAGCCGAUGUCCCGUCACAUUACUUAUCAGAUCGCUGAUGCCCUUGCAUACAUUCAUAGCAAGGGUAUUGCCCAUCGCGACCUCAAGCCCGAGAAUGUCCUCCUGACCUCUCAUGACCCUCCCAUCGUCAAGGUGGCAGACUUCGGUCUCGCCAAGGUCGUCGACAGUUUGACCUUCCUAAAGACCAUGUGUGGUACACCUAGUUAUCUUGCGCCCGAGGUGGUCACGCAACAGAACCAAGAGGGUUACGAUCAUCUUGUUGACAGCUGGAGUGUCGGUGUCAUCGUCUUUUCAAUGUUGACAACCUCUAGCCCAUUCCUCGAAGAUGAGAGGCAACAAGACAUCAAAAUCCGAAUUGCAGAGCGUACCAUCGAUUGGAACACACUGAACCAAUGUGGAAUAAGCGCACAAGCGCAAGAUUUCAUCAGGUGUCUCCUAGACUACAACCCGCGCACACGCAUGUCGCUCUCCGACGCUCGCAAACAUCCCUGGUUGAAAGACGUGCAUCAUGCGUUGCCUGUCGAUCAGGCUCGAGACAUCCAGCAAAUGCCUUCGGUUUGCUCUCUCCCUGGCGACGAGUCCUCGAUCCUGUCGUCCGUCCCAGACGAUUUCGAAGAUGAAGUCAUGGCGCAAGACAAACCUGUCUCACUCGUCCAAGCCGUCGUCAACCAGAACUUUGAGCAUCUCCAGCUCAGCCAGGAAGGCGGGCGUGGGAGGCUGCAGCGACGCAGCCACGUCAUGUCCCAAGCAGCUGAGAACGAGAAUGGCAACGGCAACGGCAGUGGACCCGUCAUCGCAGAGCCUUCGUGGCAGAUGAUUGCCUCCCAGGAGGCGGCGGACCAGAACGGGGCUGGCCCGAGCACGGUGGCGGGUAACAAGCGAAAGCAUAUGACCAACUCUGACGCCCUCACUCCCGACGGUGAAGUGCGCUCUUCGCCUUUGAACGAUGGGUCGAACACGGCUCGCAAGAAGGGGAAGAACAGCUCUGACUCUGAUUCGUCACCCAAGACUCGCGGGGCAGCCAAGGCUAAUCGUGGACGAGGAGUUGCUGCUCCUGCUCCUGCUGGUGCCACACGUGGACGCGCACGCUUGCGGGAUGCUGCGGCUGGGAUGAAAGUGCAAGAAGAACAUUACAGCGAUGAAGAAGAAGCAGCCCCCGCGCAGAAACCCAGGAGGUCGACUCGCAACAAUUCCCCGCAAAAGGCCGCGCGAAAGUGAAGUGGGAUGAAUGAUGUAUCUAUAGGACCCUCCCCCUCAUCGGUGGAAACUUCUUCAUGAAGUGAUUUCUUGUUUCAUAUUUUUUCAUGAUAUUCUUUUUUGGCUUACACUUGUACUCGGUUAUUGUCGCACGACACACGGUCCUUACCCUGUUUCCAUUCCCAUACACCACCUCUCAAACUCGCCACGCUCCUUAAUGAACUUGAAUGAUGUUUCUUUAUUACCUCUAUAUCACAUUGCAUAAUAAUUUUCUUGGAUAACGUCACACAACCCCUGUUCUCUUAUAACACGCAUGCAAUACAAUAUGCUUUUCAU